AUGAUCACGAUUGAGGAAGAUCUGGAAAGAGCUGAGGAGAAGCUGAAGAUCGCUACGGAGAAACUCGAGGAAACCACGCACUCUGUUGAUGAAAGCGAGCGAGCUCGAAAAUCGAUGGAAACCCGCUCGCAGCAAGACGAGGAAAGAGCCAAUGUUUUGGAGGUGCAAGUCGAGGAAGCGAAAGUGAUCGCCGAGGAAGCUGACAGAAAAUACGAAGAGGUUGCCCGCAAAUUGGCGAUGGUUGAGGCGGAUCUGGAGAGAGCUGAGGAGCGUGCCGAAGCUGGAGAGAACAAGAUCGUUGAGUUGGAAGAGGAGUUGCGAGUGGUUGGAAACAAUUUGAAAUCCCUUGAAGUAUCAGAGGAGAAAGCGCUGCAAAGAGAGGAUUCCUACGAGGAGCAAAUCCGCGCACUCAGCUCCCGUCUGAAGGAGGCUGAGUCUCGCGCUGAGUUCGCUGAGCGCUCUGUGCAGAAGCUCCAGAAGGAGGUUGACAGACUCGAGGAUGAGCUGUUGGUGGAAAAGGAGCGUGUUCGCAAUCUCACCGAAGAGAUCGAGCAAACCGUCCAAGAGAUCCAGGGAUCG